CGUUCGAAUGCAAAACGCAAUGUUGAUUGAUUGCGUGUUCUUUAUGAAAGAAAAAUUUUAAACCCAAGUAAUUAAUUGUAAAUGGAAGUGUCAAAAUAUUUUUAUAUUGAGAAGGUUGAAAAUAAUUAUGCCAAAUCGUUGAAAGUUCCAGGUCGAGAAAAUUAUAUUAAGUUGCGAUUGAAGAAUGUAAAUGAAGGAUUUCCAAUAAUAAAUCAUGAUUUUAUUACUAGAACAUGUUUUAUGCCUGAGGCGUAUAAAUUUAUAGCUGAUAAAGCAUACGAAAUCAAGAUAAGAAAAGAUGAUGUUUGGGUAGUAACAUAUCCAAAGAGUGGAACAACUUGGAUCCAGGAAAUGCUUUGGUUAAUAAUACACAAUUUUGAUUAUGAGCAAGCGUUAAACGUUGACUUAACAGAGAGAUCACCAUUUUUAGAAAUUAGUGGUUUAGCAACAAAUUUGGAAAUAAAUUCUGUUGGAAUAGUUGAAGAUUUAAAAUCACCGCGCCUAAUUAAAUCUCACAUGCCAGCAUCAUUUCUACCUAAGUCAAUUUGGACAGUUAAACCUAAGUUAAUUUAUGUUUCAAGAAAUCCUAAGGAUGUAUGCAUUUCAUAUUAUCAUCAUUGGAAAGGAAUGAUUAAUUAUAAAGGAAGUAAAUCAAAUUUUGUACGAGCUUUUAUAUCGGACAAUAUGAAUUUCGGACCUUAUUGGGAUCAUGUAGCAGAAUUUAUAAAAUUGAAAGAUCAAAAGAAUAUUUUAUUUUUAACAUUUGAAGAACUAAAAAUAGAUUUAGAAAGGGCUAUUAAAAAAUGUUGCACAUUUCUUGAAAGAUCUAUUGAUGAUGAACAAUUGGAAAAGCUUAAAACGCAUUUGUCUUUUGAAAACAUGAAAAAAAAUCCACAAGUUAAUCAUUCUUCAGAGACAAGACUUUUUAAACAAGUUGCGGAAACUUGUCAUCAAAAUGAGACAUCUUUUGAAUUUUUACGUAAAGGACAAAGUGGUUUAUAUGAAGAGGAAUUGGAUACAGAUCUAUUAAAGGAAUUUGAGUGCUGGAUACAAAAAAUGAAACGCAAACAUAACUUAGAAUAAAUUUUGUUUCACUCCGUAAAAAUAAGAAUAAUGAACAAACAGAAAUUUAACAUUGUGUAACGCAUAGAAAUAUUUCAAUAUAAUGUAUACGUUACAAUUUAGUGCAAAUUAUAUGCUGCUUCUUUAGCACUUAAUAUACAUGUGUAUGUACUUAUGUAUAAAUACAAUUUUAAUUUUAAAUAUUUUUGGGCCUUUACGAAGCUUUGCAACACGGUUUGCGUUCUGAAACUAAAAAUUGCAGUUUUUCUAAACUAGAAGUGAGUCAAAUUGUAGUGGAACGGAGUGUGCAGUAGAAUUGGGUUUGUCUGAACAAAAUCUAAUGUGAGAGUAUAAGCGAGUUUUCAGAUUUGUAGACUGAAGUUUUUUAGGAUUUUUAUUUUGAUCCUGUUCGACGUUUCUUUAGAAAAUCUCUCAGCUUGGAUUCGUAUAUGACCAAGAAUGCAUCAUAAAACAUUUUGUGAACUGCCAAAAAAUAUAAAUUUUUUUACAAUAUAAUAAUUUUAUUUCAUAAAUGUAUAUAUUUUUGCUAUGUUAAUUUCCGGAACACAUGUUAAAUAGGUUUGAAUUAAGUCAUCAUAAGUCAUCUUUCAUCAUCUUACUUAUGUAUGUAUUUAUGUAUUUUAUUUGAAUUUUUGGAACAAAUAAAUGACUGAAAAUUUUUAUGUAACAAAAAUUCAAAACAAGAAAAGAAUAACAGAUAAAUUAAAUUUUUCCAAUUGUUCAAAAUCGUUUCUUGCUUUACUUUAAAGUACAUAUUACGAGCAAAAUUAACUUUUUGUGAUCCGAAAUGUUUUAAACCAAAAUCAAAAAUGA